AUGGAUCAGAUGUAUGAGCCAUCUAAUCCAGCAUCCUCUCUUUGUGGUCAAAAGAAACUGAAAGAAACCCAAUAUUAUGGGGAUGGAGGUACCUUGCACAUUUCGAAGAGUGAUUCAUGCUAUGACAACUUAAUGGGGGAUUUCAACCUCACCCCCUCUGAUCCUUCGGUGUUCAUUCUAAUGGGCAUUUAUGGUCUGGAAGCGGCCCACCUCUGGAUCUCCAUCCCGUUCUCUAUGUGUUACAUUAUCAGCCUGCUGGGAAAUGUCAUGAUUCUGUUUCUUGUAUGCAAAGAGCAGACUCUGCACAAGCCAAUGUACCUGCUGCUCUGCAUGUUGGGGCUCACGGACAUCGCCACGUCUACUCUAGUGGUGCCGAAGGCUCUGUGCAUAUUUUGGUUCAAUUUGAAAGACAUUACUCUGAGUGGCUGCCUCACCCAGUCGUUUUUCCUGAACAUGGUUUUGGUUACACAAUCAUCUGUCCUCGUGACAAUGGCCUUCGAUCGCUAUGUUGCCAUAUGUAAGCCUCUGAGAUACCCCACCAUCCUCACUAAUAUACGAAUAAUGAAGCUAGGGCUAGUGGGUUUGGUUAGAGCUGCUCUUAUCAUUCUACCCCUACCCUUGCUCGUGAGCAGGCUGCCGUUCUGUACCAACCGCCUCAUCCCCCAAAUAUACUAUGAGAGCAUUGCUGUUGCAAAGCUUUCUUGUGGGGACAUCACAGUCAUCAGGAUGUACGGUUUGGUGAUAAUGAUCAUAAAUAUGGGAUUGGACCAGAGUCUCAUCGCCCUUUCCUAUGGUCUGAUCAUCAGGGCCGUCCUCAGAAUAUCUUCCAAGAAAGCCCACGAGAAAGCCCUCAGCACCUGCACAGCCCAUCUCUGUGUGAUGCUGUUAUAUUGUAUUCCCAGCCUCUUCUCUGUGAUGACACAGCGGUUUGGUCAGGGCAUUGCUCCUCAUGUUCACAUCAUCCUGGCCAACAUCUAUCUCCUUGUUCCUCCCAUGCUCAACCCCAUCAUUUAUGGGGUCCUAACCAAAGAGCUUCGUGAGAAAUUGGGCAGGUACAUGUGCAGAGUGUGGUCUGUUAAAGCUUAA